CGUAUAAUGACACUGACAUAAAACAUAACCUUAAAAACGCCAAAUACGCAAUGUGCCGCAUUUAAACCGUGUUUUCCGUCAAUAAAAAACGUCGCAAAAACCAUUAAUACGCUCAAAUAUCCGUGCCGUUAAUAUUAUUCAAAUUCUUUUACCUUAACUCGUUAUAAAACACUUAAAUAAGACUAAAAUACAUAACCUCACAAAAAAAUCAUUUUUAAGGUUAGAAUGGGUACUCCUGAUUUUGAAACGACAAACGGAAAUGAUUACGAUGUUACUACUUCAAUGAAAAAGAAUUUUAAGCUUUUAGCAAUUAACGACCAAGUAAAGGAGCUUCAAACCAUUCUCAGGGAUAAAAAUACUAGCAGAAGUGAUUUUAAAUUUUAUGCCGAUCGUUUAAUACGUUUGGUGAUUGAAGAAAGUUUAAAUCAGCUUCCAUUUACUGAAUGUAAAGUUGUAACACCAACAGGAGCCACCUAUAAUGGCUUGAAAUAUCGUUCGGGCAAUUGCGGUGUAUCAAUUGUUCGUUCUGGAGAAGCUAUGGAGCAAGGUUUACGGGAUUGCUGUCGAAGUAUUCGUAUUGGAAAGAUUUUAGUUGAGUCGGACGUUGAUACGCAUGAAGCUAAAGUAGUUUAUGCUAGAUUUCCUGAAGAUAUUUCAAGAAGACAAGUAUUAUUAAUGUAUCCUAUAAUGUCUACGGGAAAUACAGUAACUCAAGCUGUAAAAGUACUUAAAGAACAUGGUGUGAAAGAAGACUGCAUUAUUUUAAGUAAUUUAUUUUGUACUCCCACAGCUAUUAAUACGGUUAUGAAAUCUUUUCCGAAGUUAAAAAUUCUAACUUCCGAGGUUCAUAUUGUGACUCCAAAUCAUUUUGGGCAAAAGUAUUUUGGUACAGAUUGAUAGAGAAAAAAAUGGUUUUUUACGUAUUAUUAUGUAAUAAAUGUUUUGUACUAUUAUAAUACUUUGUAAAUGUUUUUAUCUCUUUGUAUCAUGAUUUCUUAAUUCUAUUAUCUUUAUAUUCUAGUAUUGAGGUUAGUUUUAUAGGGUAUAUUUAUUUCAUUGUGUUAUUAAUUAAUAAAUCUCAUUAAUUUCAA